UCCGCCGCGCUUUGGAAAAUAAGACUCACCAUGUUUGAGCUGAACGCCGUAUCUCUCAUAAACGACUUAUCAGACUCUUUGGACUUUUGGAAGCUCUAAACAUCAUUUUGGCUCAGAACUUUCGGCCUAGUUUUGAUUUAAUCCUUCAUGUGUGAUGGCUCAGGUCGCGUCAUUUGAUGUUGGAGUUUUAUUUGUCAUUGUGGUGACAGCGUCUCUGACAAACGGUUCUUCAUCCAGCAGACAUGUGGUCCACAGGAGGGAGGUGGAGGCAGCGGGGCUAAAUGCACUCCAGCCUGCCGCUGCUGGUUCUAACCUUGAGGUGACGUCCUGUCCCACCUGUGACCAGCUCAGGCCCAAGAGGCGUGCUAAGAGGUGCACAUGUUACACUUACAAAGACAAGGAAUGUGUGUAUUACUGCCACCUGGACAUCAUCUGGAUCAACACACCAGAGCACACUGUGCCUUAUGGUAUCUCCAGUUCCUGGGAGUCCUUACGUAUGCCGCGUUCUGUGGCAACUCAACAAGGAAUGACACGAGCAGAAGCCCAGCGCUGCACGUGCACACUGAAGACCGACUCAGAGUGCAGCCACUUCUGUAUGGACAGACAGAAGCGAGCACCAGCAGCAGGACCUCAAACAGACUAAAACGCUGCCUGAUGGACCUGCAGUGAAAUCGACUUUAUGUCCAAUAAGUGAGAAAGUCUGGACAGAAGGUUCAUCAGAUGGAGCACUUCAGUCAUGUAUCCAACAAUUUGGAAAAGCAGCAUGUAGCUAAAUUUGUGGAGAUGGACACGUCUGCUGUGAGCGGUCAUCAGACUGAUCCACUCUGCAUCACUGAUGCUGCACAGAACCAAACAUGCUUGUACGUGUUCGUCAGGUGUGGACUUUAUUUGUGGAUCCUGCUGUCACUGGGGCUGGUUUACGCCUUAUGCCUUUAACCCCAAACACAAGAACAGAUGUCCUGUGGCAUGAUAAUGCACCGUGAUGGAGCCCACGCUGCAGUCUGCCGUCUGCUGUCAUCCAACUCCAGUAUUUAUCCACAUCUUUAAAAUGUCGUCGUGGCAACUGUAACCUUUGACUGCACACAUGGACACCAUUAGCCUGUCUGUCAGCAUCAACACAUCCAUGCAAACAUUAAGUCAUUUAAAGGACUCAGUCCAGAUAGAAUGAGGACGAUGUGGGUGUUUCCUUACCACUGGAGAAGUUUAAUCUUAUGUCAGUAUGUCUGAGACAUUGUUUUUCUUCAGGGUGAAACAAAUUAACAGCAGAUCUAUGGUUUUUCUGACAUUUGAGUUCUUCUGUUAAGAUGAAUUAAUGACAAAGUCUUAUUUGUA